AUGGAGUGUUCAUAUGAUGAAUACGAGAUGAAGAAUUACUCUCAUGAUUACACAAUACUGGAUGAGCUGAACGAAAAAGUCAAUAGUUUGACUUGUUCCCAGUUGAUUUCAUUUGGUGGGGAUCAUUAUUCAGCUGAAAUUGAGAAUGAUUUUGAUUAUGGGAGAAUUAAUUUAGAUAAGGAUUUGUCGUUUUUAAUAUCCGAAAGUUCCGAUGAGAAACAAAAUGGGAAUUUAAUUGGAUUUGAAGAAGAAGGGAAUGAAAUUAAGAAGGGCGCAACAAUAAUAAUGGGUGGAAAUAAUUGUGGAAAUUAUGGUAAAGAACAUGUUAUAGCUGAGAGAAGACGAAGAGAGAAGCUUAGACAAAACUUUCUUGCACUUUCAGCUCUCGUCCCUGGCCUCAACAAGAGGGACAAAGCUUCGGUGCUUGAGGGAGCAAUCAAGUAUGUUAAAGAGCUUCAAGAACGUCUCAAAUGGGCUGAGGAAGAAGCAGCAGACCAGAAGAAAGUAAUUAAAUCUGUCGUGUUUGUGAAAAGAAUCAAUCUCGACUCCGACUCCGACGACAAAACCUCUUCAUGGAACGAGAAGGGUUGCGGAUUUUCGGUCCGACCAGUUCCUAAUAUAGAAACAAGAGUUUUUGGGAAGGAUGUUCUGGUAAGAAUUCAUUGCAAGAAACACAAAGGAUGUUUUACAAAUAUAUUAUGCCAAAUAGAGAAGCUUAAGCUAACAGUUGUGAAUAGCUGCGUUUUGCCAUUUGGCCACUCCAGACUUGACAUAACCAUUGUUGCGAAGAUGGAGGCUGAUUUCUGCAUGACAACGAGAAAUCUUGGGGAUAAGCUAAGAGAGACUUUGGUCGAGUUUAUAUAG